CGAGCAAUGGGUCGUCACUCGUCAGACAGCGAGGACACCAGCCGGAGCAGGAGGAAGAGGAGACAGAGACAACGCUCUUCAUCCUCCAGCUCUGAAAGCAGAGUGACCAGCCGCAGCAAACACUCCAAGAGACGAACACGCUCCCGAUCCAGAGACCGAAACAGAACCACAGAUAGAAGACACAGAAAUCGUUCCCACAGCAGCUCUUCCAGAGGAUCCGGUCACAGGAGGCGAAGCCGAAGCGCAGAUAGAGGACGAAGCCAUCGCUCCCACAGAUCCCGAUCCCGCAGCCGAAACAGGAGGUCUCGAUCCCGCCACCGAAGGUCUCGCAGUUGCAGCAGUGGACGAUCCAGCAGGAAACGCAGCAGAGAGCGAGACCGUGGCCAGCGCAGGACUCGGGACAAAGACAGGACACGAGACAGAACUAAAGACAAAGACACGGAUAAAGCCAAGGAGAAGGACAAACAAAGGGAAACAGGAAACAUCAAAGCCGGAUCAGAACAUCUGACCUCUGCAGAACAGACCAAAGCGCGGCUCCAGGUGCUUCAAACUGCAGCUAAAACUGAUGACGCACAGAAAACAAAGGAAAAUGUGAAAGUAGGAGGAGCAAUAAAGGAGGAAGAGGAAGUUUCUCUCGCGGAGCAGGUGAGGAGGAUAAAGGAUAUCGAGGCCAUCGAGAGCGACUCUUUUGUUCCUCAGGCUUUCAAAUCAUCCCGGGACGCCAGCAAGGUGACUGAAUGUCCUGAAAUAAAGACAGAGGCAGAGACUGUGAAGGUGGAAGUCAGCGUUCUGCCCACCUCCAUCACUUACAAUGACAGCGACACCCUGGCCCACCCUAAUCUGUUUGUGGAUAAAGAGGAGGCUGAGAGGUUGUGGUUGAACAGACUGAUCUCUCUACGUCAGGAGAGGCUCAUGGGUAGUCCCGUAUCCUGACCACAACUGUCAGACGGAUGAAGAUGCGGAUUUCGCGUUUGCUUUUUGUAAUUUUGAUCUCAAUAAAGGUGCGACUGCUCCACCUGCUGGUGUCUAUGGGAAGGUGAAGCUUAUUGGGCACACUGUAAAGACUAUGCGAGAUUCUCAAGUGUUUUCUGUUUAUUUCCGGUUGUGAAAUGCAUUAUGGGAUGUUGAUCUCUGCUCUGUCCACUUUUGAUGUUGAAAAUUCAAGUGACUUUUAUUGACAUUUUAGUUGUUUGGAAUAACAAUUUAUAAGAAAUAUUACCUAGAGAAAUAAGUCUGUACAAUAACAGAAAGUGUGCUGCAGCUUAUUACAAGGUUUUGUAGUGUAAUAUACAACACCAACCCAGAGAAUGUCGCUCUGCACACUAUUAAACAUGUUCAUUAAAGUCACGACUUCCAACUUUUCAACGUCAAAAGCCUCACAAUGAAUUCAAAAACAUAAAUAAAUGGAAAAAACACGAAUAACAACCCUGCUGAAAAAUCCAGCUUAAACCAGCCUAGGCUGGUUUAAGCUGUUUUUUUAGUAGGGAAAAUACAGAAGACUGUCCAUAUAGAGAUACUUGUGCAGUGGACUGUGUAAGGAUAAAGUUUUUAGAAUUUAACUACAAUAUUUUUAUCUAUUUGUUCUUCCAUUUUUAGCGACAGCCUUCUGAACUGUUAGAAAUCUCUGUAAAUUGGCAGUGUUUUUUUGUAUGUUUUUGUUUUGUUGUCAUGUUUUUAUUUGAUAGUUUCCCCAUUACGGGAGCUUGAUUUUUCUUCCAAUCAUUUUAAACCUUGAAAAGUUGUAAAAUGGGACUUUUAUUAACAAUUGUAAUAGUUUAAAGUGAUAUAUUGUCUGGGUUGGUGUUGUAUAGUCACUAUAAAAACUGCCAGCACAUUUACUGUUAUUUAACAGAUAUUUCACACCACUAAAAAUGUCAAUAAAAGUCACUUUGUUAAACUGUAGAGUAGAAUUAUCAACAUCAAAAGUGGACAUCCUGCUGAAAAAUCCAGCUAAAACCAGCCAACCAGCCUAGGCUGGUUUAAACUGUUUUUUUUAUCAGAAGGGCAGAGCAGAGAUCAACAUCCCAUAAUGCAAUUCACAACCGGAAAUAAAUACAAAACGCUUGUAAAUCGCCAAAUACGGAAACUGUUGAGAGAUGUUGUUUACAGUGUAGUCAACAUGAACGGCUGAUGUUCUUAAUGUGUGUUUAUUGCUUUUUUCUGUUUUAAAAAAUAAACAAUCUUCUUGUUA